UUGAAAAAAGAAUGGAACUCACCUAUUUAUGUGUUCUACCACCCAGUCCCAGACAUUGGUUAUCACGAAGGCCGCUGCUACCAUGAAUUCAAGUGCACGGCUACGAGCUGCAAGAAAGGGGUGCGCUGUUACCUCGAUAAGAAGGAUGCAAAGUCCACGAGUAACAUGCGGAAGCAUGCAAAGUUGUGCUGGGGAGAAGAGUCCGUUAACAUGGCUGAUGAAGCCAAGAAUGCUAAUGAGGCACGUACCAUAAUCUCCGGGGCGAAAAACGGGUCUAUCGUGGCAUCAUUUGAACGCAAGGGGAAAGGCAAGGUCAUAUAUUCACACCGGCAACACACAAGAACAGAAACGAAGUACUCACUAAUGAAAACAGGUCAACCGGAAUAUUACAUACCUUCUCCAUUGACCGUCUCGUGUGACAUCAAGUUGGUGUUUGCUCGCACGCAACAGCAGAUUGCUAAGAUGUUGCAAGAAUACGACGGCCAAUUGAACUUCGCCACCGAUGCGUGGACGUCUCCAAACCACAAGGCAUUCAUAGCUGUGUCCGUGCAUCUAGAGCAUGAAGGAAAACCAUUAGUGAUGAUACUAGAUAUAGUGGAGGUGGCCGAGGCAAGUAAAUACCAUACGAUUCAGUCUCACUCCGGCGAGAAUCUUGCAGCAGUGUUUGAAAAAAUCCUGAAAGAGUUUGGUAUAGCGGAUAAGGUGAGUGGGGACACAUAG